UUGAAAAUGCAUGGUCCGUCAAGGCACCCUUUAAAAUGGUGGACAGUCCCGAGGCACCCUUUCAAAUUCUGGACAGUCCCGAGGCACCCUUUAAAAUGAUGGACAGUCCCGAGGCACCCUUUAAAAUGAUAGACAGUCCCGAGGCACCCUUUAAAAAUCUGGACAAUCCCGAGGCACCCUUUAAAAUGAUGGACAGUCCCGAGGCACCCUUUAAAAUGAUGGACAGUCCCGAGGCACCCUUUCAAAUUCUGGACAGUCCCGAGGCACCCUUUAAAAUGAUAGACAGUCCCGAGGAACCCUUUAAAAAUCUGGACAAUCCCGAGGCAUCCUUUAAAAUUCUGGACAGUCCACCCUUUAAAAUGAGGACAGGCACCCUUUAAAAUGAUGGACAGUCCCGAGGGCACCCUUUAAAAUAUGGACAGUCCCGAGGCAACCCUUUAAAAUGAUGGACAGUCCCGGCACCCUUUAAAAUGGACAGUCC